AUGUAGAUGGAGCAGAUUUCGUUGAUAAGAGUCUAGUUUAAUCAAUGGUUGAGAAGAUUUUUCAGUAGUUUUCUGCUGUGAGUUAUGAUGGCAAGCCUUAAAAGAUGAUAGUCACUGAUAGAUUGAAGAGUUGUUUAAAAAAUUAUGGAUUGUGGAAUGUAUUGGCACUUGGUUUUCAAUCUUUAAUUUUCACAAAUAAGUAUAUGGCUUGCAUUUGUCGCGAUGAUUAAAUCUCGCGAAGCAUGGACAAUAGGGAAAAUGUUUAAGAGGAUUACAGGAUUGAUAAUAAACAAAUCGUGGCGAAAGAUAUAUAAAAAAAUGGCUACAAAGUCAAUUGAAGUUAGUAAAGGACCUUCAUAUAGCAUUUCAAAACUUGUGUUAGAGUAUUGCGAAAAAUGGCAAGACCAGUCUUUUGUGCCUGGCGAAAAGUUUCCCUUUCCAGGUCUGGAAACCGCAGAUGGUUUCACGUUUGUUGAAGCAGUUGCGCAGGAAAUGCCUGAGUAUGAUAACCGAGAUGAAGACGUUUAUGAAGACAAAGACUUGCAGCUUCGUAUUACAGUCCAUGCUGACAGCGCCAUGCAUAAGGUUGAAACUGCAAAAGGUUCCGAAACGUUACUAAAAAAAUUGAGCAAGUGGUUAAUCGGCGAUUCCGAGGAUUACAUGAAAGUUUUGAAUCAUGAAAUUCUUGAGAGCACAGAGCAGUAUCAUAAAAUUUGCGUGGUUUUGAUUGUCGAUUCCUACGUCGUUAGUCACGUAAUUGGAGAAGUUUCUGAUUCUCCAUUCUAUGAUGUUGUAUGGAACCCAGUGAUGAAUAGUUUAAUCCAGGAAGGAGUCUGUUAUGCGCACGGAAAGGUGCCUGUCGCAUUGCGCGACGGAUUAAGAAAGCAGAUUGACAAUUUAGCUAAAAACACACCAAUUGAUUUUCAUCCUAACUCGAAGGAUAUUGUGCGUGAUCUGGUCCAUCCAGCAUUGUAUACCUACGUGAAGGGUGUUUCGAAAUUAACUUCAAAAACACCUAAAGAAGUGUCGUCUGAAGAAAAGUUUGAUUUCUGGGGACGACCCUAUGAAGACUCGAAAUACCAGUGGUUGCCUACACCGUUUAGCAUUUCAGAUGAUGGAAAAUGUAGCAUAGCUGAGUAUAUUAACAACCUUAACAGAGAAAAGUUUUCAGGCCUCUACACUGAAUUAGAGUCACUGUUUAAUAUUUUUCUGCCAUAUUUUGAAGAAGUUUGGUCUUAUGCGAAAACAAUGAAAUUUUUUAAAGAUCCUGAGGAAAACGAGGAACAAAGCACAGAACCACCAUUUGUCAAGGAGCCUGUUAGUUUCAAAGGAAAGGAAUUGCAAGUGAUCGUUAAAAUUGUAGAGUACAAGUUACAGCCAGGACAGUCAUACGAGGGGGUGUGGCAUGCAGAAGGAAUGUCCCAUGAGAAUAUCGUUAUGACAGGUAUUUAUUUUUUGGAUCGCGACAUGGAUAUUACUGGUGGAGAUUUGCGAUACAAGCGUGCUUUCACCGUUUAUGAACGCAAUCAAAUAUUUUGGAAUGUAGCACAAGAACGCCCCUCUGUGGUCAAUACGUUUGCGUCAGAAGGGUUUGUGCCACUUGGAAGAUUCCCAACUGAAGAAGGAUUCAUGCUGGUGUUUCCAAACUGCCAUAUCCACAAGAUAGCUAAAAUGGUAAACACAGCUGCAAAUAAAGCAGCUUCGCGUCGUAUUGUCGUGUUUUUUGUGGUGAAUCCGGAGAAAAAAAUUAUUUCAACACGUGAAGUUCCGAAGCAACAAGAUGUUAUCAGUUUGACUGAGGCGAAGAGGUAUCGACUGGAAUCGAUGGCUGAACGGAAAUACGACAAGGAAAAGCUGAAUGUUCGAGACAUUGAACUCUGCGAGCAUUAAUGACGAACUUUACUUUGGAUAUAUAUUCGGUUAACAGUACGAUAUAUCUCUGAUAUUAUUUAAUAGUGUUUCUAUUUAUCAAAAAUCAUUUUUUGAUGUUUAAAUACAAAAAACAUUGCUUUUCAUGCAUAUUAAAGCUCAUUCGAGUUUCUGUUUCCUUCUGUUUUCUUUCAAAAUGUCUCUUCAAACUUCCAUGUUUGGCAGGGUGGACAUUUUGAGCCAAUUGUCAACUUUUUUAUUGGAACGAAUUUCUUAAUUUUUUUAAAUAUAAUAGCUAUAGAUUUAAUUUAGAGCGUUGUGUUUUGUAGAACCAUUAUUUAGAUAUUUAUUUUUUUUUUGUAUUAGAUAUUUUUUCUCAUCAGAAUUUAUCAACAAUAUUGUGUAACAACUCUCCUUAAAUUUCUUAGUGGUAGGGAAAUUUUCACCGGUAAGGCCAAUCGCAAAAGGAAAUAUAUUUCCGCGGGGAUUCGCAAUUGAGGUUCAACAAUAUUUUUCAACUUGAAACAGUUGUUUUGGAAAAUUUUCUUAUCGCUAACGGAAUCUUAUCUCAUUUCAACGGACGGUUAAAAAAGUAUGCGCAUUUAUUUAGGACACGAUGUAGUGGUUUGUAGUCAAUUAUUGUUUUUUUUUGUAGCAAUAUUUUGGUUAGAAAUUUGGCCAUUAGUUCGCCCAUUACUUUUCAAGUUCAACAUGUUCUUAUAUUCAAGUUUAGCAUACAUUUAGGUUGAGCAUUAUUUCAUAGAUAAGAAUCUAGUGAAACA